CUUGGAAAAAAGCAACACAACUCUACAAUCGCUAAGUUUGUUUGUUUUUUUGCACAUUAAUAAAAACAACGCGCAGUUACUUUAACAACAAAUGCAGAAAAAUGCAUAACAGAAGCAUAGACAAUACAGGCAAACAGCCUACGUUUCAUGUCAUACGUGAAGUCUACGACAGCUCAAAUGCACACGAGCGCUUUGAGGCUGAGCUGGACAAGGCAUUGGAGGCAAAAGUGGACUUUAUUAUAAUUGAGCCGCCACGACUGGGCGAUGAGACCGGUCGUUGGAUAUGGGUGGGCAACUGCUUGCACAAAACUGCGGUGGCCACUGGAGUAGUUUCUCUCAUAUCCAGUUUACUAUGGUAUGACCGUCCAGUUAUCGCUGCGCCCGCCUGUGCCCUGUCGCUAUUUUGCACCGGCUUGUAUACGGUAUCUUGGAACUACGAUCCUUGCUGCCAGUAUCAGGUCGAAGAAAGUAAUGAGGUUGCUUUAAAUAAGCUGCCUCUAACCGACGUCUCCUCGCCUGUGAUACUUGGCCAUGCGCCCAACACAAAGACCAAGUAUUUGCAUCGCAGCGUCACAUUUCUUUCGGCAGCGCUCUGCGCCUGGCAGAUUUGGAAAUCCUACAAAUAAACAGCAAUCUGUAAUGCUACGAGAGAUAGAAAGAGAUACCGGCAUUAGAUCACUUUGAACGCCUCUUUUGGGGGCAUGCAUUUCAGCUUAUGAAUUUCCAAUUUUCCAAUCCUAGUUAAUUUUUUCAAGUGGUUAAUGUCCCCACUGUUAAUGCGUGUCUCAGUAAGUGUUUUGAUUACUCCAGGAAAGCUAUCAAAUGGCGCUUGCAUUAACUAAUGCAAAGAAAACAGAAACAGUUUUAAGUCAAAAGCAGAAUGCACUGUAAAAACUAAUUAAGCAUAAAAUUUUCUCCGUGUGUAUGAUUACUACUUAUUAUGAUUGUUAUUAGAAUAUAAAUUUUAGUGCAUGCGCGAGCAACUAAAUAAAAUGUGUUAUUG